AUGCUCAACAAGCUGUCUGGACAGCCGGAAAGCUACGAGAAGAAAUCCCACUACAAAUUCGGAAGAACGCUCGGUGCUGGCACAUAUGGUAUCGUCCGGGAGGCGGAUAGCAGCAAAGGGAAAGUCGCGAUCAAGAUCAUCCUGAAGAAGAAUGUCCGAGGCAACGAACGCAUGGUCUACGAUGAGCUGGAGAUGCUCCAGGCUCUGAACCAUCCCAACAUCGUCCACUUUGUCGAUUGGUUCGAAUCGAAGGACAAGUUCUACAUCGUCACGCAACUGGCCACAGGUGGAGAGUUGUUCGAUCGCAUUUGCGAAUACGGAAAGUUCACAGAGAAGGAUGCGUCUCGAGUCAUCCGACAGGUGCUCGGUGCCGUACAUUACCUGCACGAGCGAAACAUCGUCCACAGAGAUCUGAAGCCCGAGAACCUUCUAUACCUCACCCGCGCCCCUGAUUCCCCCUUGGUUCUGGCCGACUUCGGUAUCGCUAAGAUGUUGGAUAGCCCCAGCGAAGUUCUCACCAGCAUGGCGGGAUCGUUCGGCUACGCUGCCCCCGAGGUGAUGUUGAAGAAGGGCCACGGCAAGGCCGUCGACAUGUGGUCCCUCGGAGUCAUCACCUACACCCUCCUCUGCGGCUACUCGCCCUUCCGGUCCGAGAACCUGACCGACCUGAUCGAGGAGUGCCGCUCGGGGCGGAUCAUCUUCCACGAGCGCUACUGGCGCGACGUCUCCCAGGACGCCAAGGACUUCAUCCUCACGAUGCUGCAGCCAGACCCCGCCAAGCGCGUCACGUCAGAGGACGCCCUGAAGCACCCCUGGCUGACCGGCGAGACCGCCAGCGACCGCGACCUGCUGCCCGAGAUCCGCGCCUACAUCGCCCGGUCGCGUCUGCGCCGCGGCAUCGAGAUCAUCAAGCUGGCCAACCGCAUCGAGUCCCUCAAGAUGCAGGAGGACGACGACGAGGAUAUCCCCAGCGUCGUCGAGGUGGCGGGCGGCGAGGCCGACGCCGCGGCCCCCCACUCGACCGACCCGGCGGCCGCCUCCCCGAACGGCAAGUCCGCGCCUUCGUCCCCGGAAAGCGACGCCACGGGCCGCAAGAAGCGCAGCCUUAGCAAGGUCGCCCGCGGCGCGAUCUUCCGGGAGGUUGUCCUUGCCAAGGUGCGCGAGGCGAAGGAGACCGAGGAGCGCGAACGCGUGGAGCGGGAGGCUCGCGAGAAGACCUCUCAUGCUUGA